AUGGCUACUAUCCGCAAGAAGUUGGUGAUAGUCGGUGAUGGCGCAUGUGGGAAGACGUGUCUCCUCAUUGUUUUCAGUAAAGAUCAAUUCCCCGAGGUCUAUGUGCCCACUGUCUUCGAAAAUUACGUCGCUGAUAUCGAAGUUGACGGUAAACAUGUAGAGCUCGCUCUUUGGGAUACGGCUGGGCAAGAGGAUUACGAUCGCCUUCGGCCUUUGUCUUACCCGGACACUGAUGUUAUCUUAAUGUGCUUCUCCAUCGACAGCACCGACAGCUUGGAAAACCUUGCUGAGAAAUGGUGCCCCGAGGUGAAGCACUUCUGUCCAAAUGUUCCUAUUCUGGUGGUUGGCAACAAACGUGAUCUUCGCGAUGAUGAUGUUGCCAUCCACGGACUUACGAAAAUGCGGCAAGAGAUUGUACAACCGGAAAAUUGCAGAUUGAUGGCCGAGAAGCUAAAUGCUUAUGCGUACCUCGAAUGUUCUGCCAAAACAAAGGAGGGUGUACGGGAGGUUUUUGAGACAGCAGCUAGAGCGGCCCUGUACACGAAGCGAAAAGGCAAAAAGACGUGUGAUGCGCUCUAG